AUGGGGUUGUCAACCUUGAAGAGAGCUUUUUCACUUCUUUCCCUGCUUAUGUUUGUUGUUAUGUCUCAUUCUUCACCUGAUGUUGCUUCUGAUCCUUCUCAAGAAGCAAUGGCUCUUCUAAAAUGGAAAGCCAGCCUUCAAAACCACAACCAUUCUCUUCUGCCAUCUUGGACUCUUUCUUCUCCAAAUGUCACAAAUACUUCUAUCGACCUCAAAACCAAAUUAAGUCUAUGCACUUGGUUUGGAAUCUCUUGCAAUCAUGCCGAAAGUAUCACAAGUGUUAACUUGACCAACACAAGUCUGAAAGGCACACUUCAUGAACUAUCUUUCUCAUUAUUUCCCAAUCUUGCACUCAUUGAUCUAAGCGUGAAUGAACUCUUUGGUGUCAUCCCUCCUCAAAUCAGCUACCUAAAAAAUCUAAAGGUCCUUCACCUUUAUUCAAAUAAGUUAUCUGGUUCUAUUCCUAACGAAAUAGGAAACUUAAACUCUCUAAUAGAUUUAGAUUUGGGAGAAAAUCAAUUAAGUGGCUCUAUACCUUAUUCUAUUGGAAACCUGACCAACUUAAAAGCUUUAUACCUCCACACAAAUAACCUUUUUGGCGCCAUUCUUGAGGAGAUAGGCAACUUGAAGUUUCUUUUGGAUUUAGAGUUAAGCAUAAAUCAAUUGAGCGGCUCUAUUCCUCAUUCCAUAGGAAAUCUUAGCAACUUAAAAGUUUUAUACCUUUAUAGUAACAACCUUUUUGGUGCCAUUCAUGAGGAGAUAGGCAACUUGAAGUACCUUUCGGAUCUAGGGUUAAACACAAAUCAAUUAAGUGGCUCUAUUCCUCGGGCUAUUGGAAACUUGAGCAACUUAAAAUUUUUAUACCUCUAUGGAAACAACCUUUCUGGUGCCAUUCUUGAGGAGAUAGGCAACUUGAAGUCCCUUUCGGAUUUAGCGUUGAACACAAAUCAAUUAAGUGGCUCUAUUCCUCGGGCUAUUGGAAACUUGAGCAACUUAAAAUUUUUAUACCUCUGUGGAAACAACCUUUCUGGUGCCAUUCCUGAAGAGAUAGGCAAGUUGAAGUCCCUUUCGUAUCUAGCGUUAAACACAAAUCAAUUAAGUGGCUCUAUUCCUCGGGCUAUUGGAAACUUGAGCAACUUAAAAUUUUUAUACCUCUAUGAAAACAACUUUUCUGGUGCCAUUCCUGAGGAGAUAGGCAACUUGAAGUCCCUUUCGGAUCUAGCGUUAAGCACAAAUCAAUUAAGUGGCUCUAUUCCUCGGGCUAUUGGAAACUUGAUCAACUUAAAAGUUUUCUACCUUUAUGGAAACAACCUUUCUGGUGCCAUUCCUAAGGAGAUAGGCAACUUGAAGUCCCUUUCGGAUCUAGCUUUAAGCACAAAUCAAUUAAGUGGCUCUAUUCCUCGGGCUAUUGGAAACUUGAGCAACUUAAAAGUUUUCUACCUCCACACCAACAACCUUUCUGGCGCAAUUCCUGAGGAGAUAGGCAACUUGAAGUCCCUUUCGGAUCUAGAGUUAAGCACAAAUCAAUUAAGUGGCUCUAUUCCUCGGGCUAUUGGAAACUUGAGCAACUUAAAAGUUUUCUAUCUCCACAAUAACAACCUUUCUGGUGCCAUUCCUGAGGAGAUAGACAACUUGAAAUCCCUUUCGGAUUUAGUGUUAAACAAAAAUCAAUUUAGUGGCCCUAUUCCUCAUUUUAUUGGAAACUUGAGCAACUUAAAAUAUUUAUACCUCGAUAGGAACAAUUUUUAUGGCACCAUUCCUGCAGAGAUAGGUAACUUAAAGUUCCUUUUGAAUUUAUCGUUAAGUCAUAAUCAUCUUAGUGGUGUCAUUGCUCCUUCCCUUACAAAUUUGAGCAAUAUUAAAAUGUUGUCUCUUGCUUAUAACGAUCUUUCUGGUUUAAUUCCCGGUAAAGUGGGAAACUAA